AUGUUGACCCUAAUCAAAAAUUUUUUUUCUCAGAUUUUCCCUAAUCAUACAUUACGCAUAUCGCAAAUUAAUUCGGCUGACGAAGGUCUUUACUAUUGCAAUGUAUCGAACAAGUAUGGUAUUAAUCGAGCUGUCAAUCGACUACAAGUUUUCAGUCCAACGCAUUUCAUUCGUAUACCAACUCCAAAGAAAGCAAUUCUGGAAGCACAUGAAUCAGUGGAAUACGUAUGUGAGGCAGUUUGUGAUCCUCGACUUACAAUUGAAUACUCUUGGACCCAUAACGGAAUACCAAUUAAUGAUUCUACCUAUUUUAAAUUAUUAAACAAUUCUCUGUUAAUCGCUGAUGCACGUAGCUUUCAUUCAGGAGCCAUUGAUUGCAUCGCUCUUACCGAUGUUGAUGUCAAGAUUUCAGGAAUUGAAUUAACUGUACUUGAUGUGCCCGGUGCGCCAUUAGUAACAGAAAUACAUUGCAACGAACGAAAAGCAUUGAUAAGAUGGCGUCGACCAGAUGAUCAUGGUGACCAAAUCAAACAGUUUCUGGUUCAAAUGCAUACUGAAUUUAAAGAAGGAUUAUGGCAAACUGUUGUAGAGCAAGAAAAUACUGCUGCUGAUUUUUAUCAAGCGGAUAUUGCACUUUCACCGUGGGUGAAUUACACAUUUCGAGUAAUAGCCCGAAAUUCAUAUGGUGAAAGUGAGCCAGGCUUUAAGAAAGGGAAAGUGUGUUCCACGAAGGCUUACUAUCCGUAUACAAAUCCAAAGGAUGUCCGAGCGGAAGGAAGUGAACCAAACAAUAUGAUUAUCGAAUGGAAGCCUAUGGAUAAAUAUGAUUGGAAUGGUCCAGGAUUACAGUACAUUGUCCGUUAUAAGCUUAAUGAACCAGGAGAAACUUGGACAGAAAUACAAAUUGAAGAUCCUUUAGCCAAUCAUACAGUUAUUCGGGAACAGCCAACAUUUCGAGAAUACUUAAUUCAAGUUGAAUCUUUGAAUAGUUUUGGUCGUGCGAUUGUAAAACCAGCAAGUGUUAAAGGAUAUUCAGGAGAGGAUGCACCAUUAUUGUCGCCGGUUGAUUUCAGCGUUUCGGAAUUCAUAAAUUGUACUGCUGUUCUUCUUACAUGGAAACACGUGGAUCGGCAGUCUAUACGUGGUCAUUUUAAGGGCUAUCUGAUUGACUACUGGGAAAAUGAAAAGCCAUUUGCUAUAGUAAAUGUUGGAAUUGAAAAACAUAAAAACAGUACGAUUCUUCAUGGUUUAAAGCCGAUAACGAGCUAUACAGUACGCAUUAGAACAGCGAAUAGUCGGUACCUUAGUGAAUUGCCAACAGCAAUCAAAUUUACAACUCCCGAAGGAGUACCAUCAAAAGUACAUAAUAUGAGGGUACGAGCAGUUGGAUCAAGAAGUUUGUAUGUUACGUGGGAACCACCACGACAACCAAAUGGAUACGUCCGCGGCUAUUUCAUUACUUUUGAAAAUUCCUCAACAGGCUUAAAAGAUGAAACAUUUGUGCUAAAUCGACAGCUUUAUUAUUUAAAUGAGGAAGGUGAGCCAGAUACUGGAUAUAAGGUUUCUGUUUGGGCAGAAACGAAGGGUGGUGAAGGAUUAAAAGUUGUGCGACCAGUACGAACUUGGCCACUUCGAGAACCGGACAUACCAAAUUUCACUGUCGAAGCAAUUUCGCCUACUACUGCUCGAGUUCAAUGGUUACCCUCGAAUGGUUCCGAAUGGGCUAUGCCAGGACCUACUUUUCUCGUUAAUUAUUCCAUUGCUAAUAGCAAUGACUGGAUAGAAAGUGAGCAAAUAAGCUUACCUCGAACUGAGGUCUUGCUAAACGGUCUAGAAGAGGACACACGGUAUAAAAUAAUUGGUAUCGCUAAGGAAGGUCAAAGGCAACGAACAUCCGAAGUAAUCACAAUACGAAGUCUAAGUCGAGCUACGAUCACGCAGAUCUCUCAUGAAAGCUUGAAAAGUGCAGCCUGGUUCAUCGCAGUAUUGAGUGCAAUAAUGCUUGCAUUAUUCAUCGCAGCAGUAAUGUGUUGCUGCGAACGACAACGAAGUAAUAAAUAUUCCAUUAAACAAAAGGAGCUGGAACGAGGCGAUCAUAUCGAUAUUGAAGAGGAUCAAAAUUUUAUGGAAUACCUAUAUGGAUUCAAAUGA